GCGCCUCAGUGACACUGCGUGGUUGCACCGUGGAGCUCUUAGAAACAGUUAGAGGGCCUUUAGAGAGAAAAGCAACUGGAAUUGAUCACCUCUUGCAUAAUAAUACACACACAGUCAACACGUAAGGUCAGCAGCGCGCCCCGGUGAGGGGGGACAGGACCGUGGGGACCGAAGCUGUCAGUAAUCCGCUGCUUGCAUCAAAUAUCUGGACUGACCACAACACCAGGGGACCAGACUCUCCUGUCCCUCCCAGCAGGAGCACUACCUGCAGCUCCAGACUAACCUCUGAUGCAUCUGAACUUUCAAAACUUCUGCACGUGCCAUUCCAUUUUGGAUUCCCGGGGACCUUUUUGGCACACUUUUACGCACGCCUGCGCGUCCGCCCUGUGACUGUCACACACCGUCCGAGCUGAUUGUGUGAGAAACUUUGUAUCCGGGCCAUGCUGCAGUGACUCCAGCCCGCUGCCUGGGACUUCAUGAUCAAGUUGUAAACAGCGGGAGGCGAAGAAGGAUGCUUGGAAAAUAUUUAUAACGCACCGAGAGGAGGAGACGAAACCUUUUCGUGUUACUUGAUCGAGCAGAACCGAGGGGACAGUAAAUCACAAGGAGGCAAGUAGGCUGCAGAGGUGAAGCGAGGACAAGACAGGUUGGUGUCUCCAAAUUCACCGGGCUCGAGUUUCAGCCGCCCCGGGGGCUCCUGGUAUUAAAGCGUGCAUUUGACCUGGGAUAAGUUGUCAACAAGAGCAGCGAGCGGAGGCGAACUGGCAGGUGUACAAGUUCAUUUACAUGCAUACGUAUAUUCACGCCACUAUAUAUAGAAGUUGUCUUAGGGACGAGCAGCCUUAAAAAGUUUCUCCACCCACCCGCCGGCCCUGCAGCAGCCCCACGCACCGGGCGUGUGCGUGUGUCUAUAUAUACACCACACAGGCUUUUAUUCCUCUCCGCAAUCUGUAUCCGAGAGGGCUGCCCGCCGUCGGUUUGGCUGUGAGGGCAGGAGUCGUCGCAUGGACUGAAAUGGCCACCGACCUCGCCAUGAGCGCAGAGCUGCCCAACAGCCCUCUGGCCAUCGAGUACGUCAACGACUUUGACCUGAUGAAGUUUGAGGUGAAGAAGGAGCCGCCGGAGGCCGACCGCUACUGCCACCGCCUCCCGUCGGGCUCUCUGUCCUCCACCCCGAUCAGCACACCCUGCUCCUCCGUGCCUUCCUCGCCGAGCUUCUGCGCCCCGAGCCCGGGCGCGCAGCCCAACCAGAGCCUCACCAGCGGGGUCAACAGCAGCGGCAGCAGCAACAACAGCAGCGGCAACAACAAUCACAGCAACGCGGGCAAGCCUCAGCUGGAGGACCUGUACUGGAUCCCCAGCUACCAGCACCACAUCAACCCCGAGGCGCUCAACCUGACCCCGGAGGACGCGGUGGAGGCCCUCAUCGGUAACGCGCACCACCAUCACCACCACCACCAGGCCUACGAGGGCUUCCGCGGGCAGCAGUACGUCGGGGAGGACCUGUCCACGGCCUCGGCGGGCCACCAUCACCAGGGCCAUCACCACCACCAUCACCACCACCACGGCCACCACGCCCGCCUGGAGGACCGCUUCUCGGACGAGCAGCUGGUCAGCAUGACGGUGCGGGAGCUGAACCGGCAGCUGCGGGGCUUCAGCAAGGAGGAGGUGAUCCGCCUGAAGCAGAAGAGACGCACCCUGAAGAACCGCGGCUACGCGCAGUCCUGCCGCUUCAAACGCGUGCAGCAGAGGCACAUGCUGGAGACCGAGAAGUGCACCCUGCAGAGCCAGGUGGAGCAGCUGAAGCAGGACGUGGCGCGCCUCGCCAAGGAGAGGGAUCUUUACAAGGAGAAGUACGAGAAGCUGGCCAGCCGGACCUACAAUGCCGGCGGACCCGCGAACACGAGAGAUCCGUCCGGGAAACAGGCCAACACCGAGUUCUUCAUGUGAGAGACUGACUGUAGCAUAGACUCUGAGUUACACCCCCCCACCCCCACCUAAACAUCCUUGUUACAUUAAUUUAUAUUUUUCUGCGUUUGUGUUUUGUUUACAGUUAUUCCCUCGACAGAAAGACAAGUAAACAAACAAACAUUAGAUGCGCUUUUUGAGUCUUAAAGAUGUUUCGGCUAAACUUCUGUAAGCUCACUGCGACCUGUCAGCUGAGCACAUGGGAUCACUUAGCCUGGAGACUUCUCUGUGGUUGCUCAGAGGUCUUAUUGAACCAAUCUCACAGUUAACGUUCACUGUCUUAAUUCAGAGGUGAUUUUGUCUUAAACCUGGGGGGGGGGGAGUGACUGAAACAGAAGCAAUACGCCGCCUCUCUCAUGGCUCCAGAAAGCUCUACAGACUGUGUGUGAGAGAGUGAGGCGGUCCGGGAUGCAGAGAAGAGACCUUUCAAUAUUGCAAGUCUAUAGUUUCCCAUCCCUAUUUGCAACCCUGCAUGCAGGACAUGUAUGGUAACCUCCAGUCAUCUUCCCAGAAUCCUUCCACAUGUAUGGAAAGCAUGGCCCAUGGUUCUCUCCUCCUCUAACGCUUCUCCUCCUCCUCCUCCUCUCUCUCCAUCCUCCUCUGCCAUCAGUAAAGGCCUGGGUUUGCAAAAAGCCACAAAAAUGUUCUCCCACCCUCCUCCCCUUCUCCUCCACCCACCCCCAACAUAAAGAGAGGUGCAAGGACUGCGGACAAAAAUGCAACAAUCUGCUAUACUGCGAAACAUGGAUGCGUCUUUAACUGCUAUUUUCAAUCAAUUUUUCUAUUGUUUUAAAAGGAAAAGAAAAACGACAAAAAGAGAUUAACUGAGCCAGAUUUUAGACUGUAUUUAUUUCCACCUGUACAUAAUGUGUAGAGAAAAACAGUUAACUGUGUUAUUUUACCUUCUCUCUUUUUAAAGAAAAACUGCUUUUGUUGCUUGGAUUAUUCGACAUGUCUUAAUACAAAUGUUUGUAUGUUACAGCAUGCAAAUCGUCUAUGGUAUCCUCCUCCUAACUGAACAUGUGUAAUGUCAAAGGCGAGCCUAUACUGCACUAAGAAGAGAUCAAACUGGACAAACGUUUUGUUUUCUACUAAUAGGACCUUUGAUCUGUUACUCUCUGAGAACCUGGAUGUAAAUUAGAUGGGGGGUGGAAGCCUCAUUCAUUAGAUGGACAAGGACUGCAUUCGCUGCUAAAACUCUAUGCACCAACCUGAUGAUUAAAAUGAUUUAGUUUAAUGGGUUUAUUUUUCCUUUUUUUGGUUUUUUACUUUGAAUAUUUGUAGACGAAAUUUUCUAGGGCCUGCGGGUUUAUUCUGCAGCCCGGUGUCUUAAUGAGGUCUUGUGUCUGAUAGGAGGAUGCUUUGAUUGUUUGAAAAGAGGAAGACUUUGGCCGCUGGUAGAGAGCUUACUGUUCUUGGAGUAACUCGAUGCAUUAUUCUGUCAACAAGAAAUCCCUGGUUCGUGUGUUUUCUGCUGCCUAGAUAUAUGUGCAAUAUUGUGCAGAAGUGUCCCGAUGCUGAGCCUACCUGUUGGGGGGUGGUGGGGAGGGGAGGGGGGGCGAGGAGUUGCAGGAAGAGAGGCUGGAUUCGGAUCAAACCGCCUCAGAAAAAUAACAAAUACAUGCGAAAAUAAAUGUUAUUUUUAUUUGAAUGCUCCCAAAAAAAUGUGCGACCUUUUCAGCCAAAAGAACAGAAAAAGGAAUAUUGGAAAUGAAUCUCUGCAAACAAUUUCCCUUCAGUAACUUUCUUUGUUUAAAUUCGAUUUAUUUUUUGGAGGGGGGGGUUAAUAAAACCUCAAAUUUUCGUCAUUUUUCCUGCAGCAAGUGCAGUCUAAAAAAAUAAAUCCUAAUUCGAUGUGAAAGGAGUCUGCGGUGGGGGAGAAAGGGGGGAGAUAAAAAAGGAAAAGCCAACUUCUGCACAGUGCUGUAAAUGUAUAUCUGUACAUAUAAUUUCUAUAUUUAUUCAAUUAACGUGUCAACAAGUGAAAAACCUACAAAGUGGAACGUUGUUGAGAAUCUUGUUUUCAUAAUGUUUAAUAAAAAGUUCUGUCCCAAAA